CAAAUUUUCACACUAUGUUUACGUUGAAUGAACCGAGCCGAGAGGAAAUUUUAUUAAUUCUAUGAUAAUUUUAUCAAUAUUUGUUCAUUAUACACUUAUGUUAAAAUUGUAUAUAUGUAAAGCAAAGCAUUAUAGCUCUUAAAUAUAUUUUAAGUUCUGGAAAAAUGGAUUUAAAAACAUUCGCCGAAAAUGAUUUUAGUCCCAAGGAUUGGAUAAAUAGAGCAUGGAAUAUCAGUGAAAAUCAGGAAAAAGAGAUAUUUGUCGCUAAUACAGUCACUAGGCUACAGUUGUACAUGAAGCAACUCAGUAACUCUUUGGAUGAAACUACUACACAGAUCCUCACCUCGGUGCCACGAGUGCUGCAGGACGUGCAGAGCCUGCAACUCGAAGGCUCGUUACUGCAACAGAAGCUGAUGACCCUCGAGCGGCAGGUGGAAAGCGUGGAGGAGGAGACGGGGCAGUCCAUCGAGAGCUUGCAACGGAUCGAUCAGCUUAAAAGUCGGUUGGAGAAUGCAGCGUCGGCGUUGCGGGAAGCGGACAAGUGGGCCGCGUUGGCUACGUCGUUGGAGGACAUCUUGGAAGCUGGGAUCCCAGCGCAGGUGGAAAAGCUGAACGAACUGGCCGAUUUGGUUGUGGGCAUGACGGAUAGCCUCGAGGUGCUCAGCGAUGCGCCGGAUUACGAGAAAAAAUGUACACAAUUGGAAUUGUUGUACAACAGGUUGGAGGCAGCCAUCAGUCCGCCCUUCAUAGAGGCGCUGACGCAAAUGGAUGCAGAGCGCACGACCCCCUACGUGUGCGUAUACCGCGGCAUGUCCCGCGCCGCGUCCGCGCAGCGCUGCUGGCGGCGCGCGGCGGCCGCGCGGCACGUGGCCGCGUGGCGGCGGCUGGACGCGCACUCGCUGCGAGCGCUCACCAGGAUGCUGGUCGGGGAUGUGGGGAGACAGGUCGAAUGGUUGACAACAGUUUUGAAGUCGGAAACGCCUGUAUCGGAAUUGAUAAAACUCUACACAGAUUUACUGCUAUCGCUGGAUCCAUCGCCCACUAAGAUAGUAACCGCGAACUUUAAGUUAUGUCAAAAUGCUGAAGAGGGCAUAAGCAUGCUGACGGAUCUGAAGUCUGAUAUAGACGAAUUCAUAGACUGCAUCAUGAGAAUCAUUGAUGGCUCCGCUGGCAAAGAAAAUAUUUCGGACACAACGCUUAAAGAACUAGGCAAGGUUGCGUACGCGCCGCUCCGUGAACUGAUGCCGAACUACACUGAGCUACAAACCCAAUUGUUUUUGGCAUAUUUAAACGAUCCACAAUUAAAACAGGAGAAUCUUCUGGAAUAUUCCAGAGCGGUCCAAUUCAUAGCCGAGAGGAGCGACGCUCGGCUGAAUUCCGCCUAUUUGAGAGGCAAGAAGAUAGCAGGAGACGCCAUACAGCCUUAUUUCGCUCCGGCCAUGGAGACGUACAUAACAGCGAUACUGAAUCUAAUAACGACACACACACGGCACAUAGAGGCGACAUUUCUAUCACUGUCGGCGCGUGGUCAGCACGAGGGCGUUCUCAGCGAGGGCUUCUCAGCGUCGCUCAUACUCGAGACUGCGACUGGGAUACUGGUGGACUUGUUGGUGGAACGCACUGCGGCUGAGAUUGGAGAGAGGAAAGACGCCCAUCCCCUCUACGAUCUAUUCUCUAUACUAGACCAAGACGCACGAGAGAUUAGCCCUUCGCCCUCUCUCGCAGGGCUCCGAAGGGCCAGGGACACGUUGAAGGCCCUAGCUAGGACGAUUUUGAGACACCCUGUAGAUGUACAAUUGGAUAAAAUACCGCAGUUAUCUGUGUGGUAUAAUAAUGACGCCCUGUCCACUGACCUUCCGGAUUUCGCGCUAUCGCCGCAAGAGUAUAUCACUGAGAUCGGACAAUAUUUGAUGACGCUACCUCAACACUUGGAACUGCACCUGUCGGAGAAGCAAGCGCCGUGGCAAUUUUUGGCUGAGGUCUGCACGUACACGUGCGAAAUGUACGCAGAGAAAAUUAUCAACAUACGCAACAUGGACCCGCUUGGCACCAAACGGUGCCUCACUGACAUUGUUUAUUUGUCAAGCGUAGUUGAAGACCUGGGGACAAAUGUAACUCCCGCCUUGAAGAAUUUAGAGAAAUCCUUACGCGCAGCCACUAGUAGCCAACAGUAAGGAGCAUUGGGCGAAUUACCACGGAACGACUGUGGCGAUUUUGAUGAGACUUUUCUUCGGGAUAGUUUGUUGAGCGGCAUAACAUUCAGACGAUGAUAUUUAAAGGGAAUAUUUGAACAUUACAAAUGAAUGACUUAGCUACAAUUAUUUUGUUUACUUGUAAAUAUUAACUAAUAAUAAUUUUAUGUUUUUCUUCGGAUUGCCUGGAAGAGAUCGCUCAUUAGCGAUUAGGCCGCCCAUUGCAUUAUUAUUGCAUUGUGCAAAGUUUUAUAAGAUUUUAGUGCAAUAAAGUUAU